AUGUUCUCUCUACUCAAUUUCGCACUGCUUCUCGGCUUGAUCACGCCAUCUGCACGGUCGGUCUCAGAAGUUAAUGGUGAUGUCGAUCAGAUCUCAAAGCGUCAAAGAACCAAUACGGGGUAUCGUGCCAUUACUUUUACUGCCCAGAACACCGGCGGCGUCAACUCUGGCGCACUGGGAAGUACACAAUCGCUGCCUGGAUGUGCCAUCGUCUCACAAAGUACUGUACUCAGUGUAUACGGAAUCGAUCCAAACACAUGUCACGUCCUACUCUUCAAUACGCCUGUUGUUUACACUGUCACAAUACUAAGUUACUCGAACAGUCUCAUUGAUGACGCCACCUGUAACUCGUUCACGUAUAGUAUACAGACGAACGGUGUAUCGUCUUCUGGCGCCAGUGAGCCCAUGGACUACGGAUUAGCCAGUCUCUACGGACUCACUACCUGUGCCAGCAGUGCAGUAAGUGAUUUAUUCUCUGUGGUAAUUUCCACCUGCUUAGCGCUUUCCGGUCAGAUCUCUUCUAGUACUCCCGGAAUUGUGAUGUCAUCGCAAUCGUCUCGAUCUUCAGAGAUGAUUCCGUCGACAAGCACUCUUACCCAGUCAAUUUCACCAUCAGUCGUAACAACUUCUCAUUCUACAGAAGGAACAACAACCACAAUUACCUCAGUCUCCCCUACCGUGUCUGCGUCGGGCAAGAAGAACGGAUAUGUUAUAUGGGCGGUUGGACUCACACUAGCUGCUGCUGUAUGGGUGAUUCUCUUAGCUAUGUAG